AUGGGUCGCAGUCCAGUGUCUCCUAUGCAACCUGAUGCGAUGCAGGAGAUAAUCAAUGUCCUGUUUCCGGAGCGUGAAGAUCGGGACAGUCCUGUUUGGACUAUACCCGAUGACGAGUGCCCGCUUUUCUCGGCAGCUGAACUACGCCGGGUUGUAAGAGGUCUCAAGGGAGGCAGGGCCCCGAGUCCCGACGGUAUACCUGUUGAGGUCUAUAAGGCUCUUGUCCCCCAGCAUGAAGAACUGCUACUGAGUACUUACAACUCGUGUAUUUCGGUUGGAGUUUUUCCUGCGCGAUGGAGGCUGCAAAGGUUAGUCCUGUUAGACAAAGGAAAGGGUCCGCCCUACACUCCUUCGUCCUACAGGCCACUUUGCAUGCUGGACGUUGCAGGAAAAAUUUUCGAGUCGUUAAUUCGAAAUCGAUUGAGAAUCGAAGUUGCGAAUGGCGGUGGCUUAGCGGAAAACCAACAUGGUUUUCGGCUUGGUUGCUGCACAAUCAGUGCUAUUUCUGAAGCGCUAUCAUUUGCCAAAAGAGCUUGGACGGGAAACUAUCGGUCCUUAUUGAGCCACACCGUCCAUCCAAGCCUGGUCGCGACCAAAGUGGACACCUGGCUAAGUGACCAUGGUAUGUCACUAGCUAAGGCGAAAACGGAGGUUAUAGUGCUCACAGCCCAGAGGUGGUUUCCGAGUCCUUUUCGGGCUCUCGUCGUGGAUCAACACGUCGAGAGUGGGAGUUAUCUGAAAUACCUUGGCGUGACGAUCGAUACGAAACUUACGUUCCGCGAUCAGAUUGUCGGUGCAGCUAAAAAAGCGACGACGUUGGUAGCAAGCCUUUCUCGGUUGAUGCCUAACGUCGGAGGACCGAGAAGCAGCCGUAGACGAGUUUUCAUGAGCGUUUCACACUCGAUAAUGCUUUACGGAGCAGAAAUCUGGUGUGAGUCACUCAAAGCAGAAAGUUAUCGUCGACGACUGGCAUCCGUGCAACGAAGAGGCGCGGUGAGGGUAGCUUGCGCUUACCGUACGGUUUCGGAAGCAGCCGUUGCGGUCAUCGCGGGUGUGAUUCCAAUCGACCUUUCGGGUUUCGAGAGGAAGCGCAUCUGGGAUGCCCGUAGGGCUGGGGAAGAACCGUUGGAGAGUGUAAAGGCUCGAGAACGCGAGGAGACCCUGAAACUCUGGCAAGAGCGAUGGGAAUCUGCGGAAACGGGACGUUGGUCAUUCAGGCUCAUUAAACGAGUCCGUGAUUGGAUAACAAGAAAAGGGGGGGGGGGGGUAGAUUACUAUCUCACCCAGUUUCUGUCCAGUCAUGGACAGUUUAAUGAGUACUUGUAUCGCAUGGGGAUCCGAACCGAUCCUUAUUGCCAAUACUGUCCGAACGUUGUUGAUUCUGCCGAGCACACUUUCUUUUUCUGUCAGCGUUGGUCUGAAAUACGGCUGCGUUUUCAGAACGAGAAAGAAGUGCCAAAUGUCGCUGACCUGGUGAUACCUUGGAUGUUGGCGACGGCAGACAAUUAUAGGACGAUGACAGUGUUUGUGAAAGAGGUCCUGAAGGAGAAGAAAAAGGAAGAAGAGACGGAGAGGUAG